CCCAGAAUACAAUGUGUAAUACAUUCUAGUACCUUCAAGAUAUCUCUCACUUAGUGGUGCGAGACAUAGCUGGCUCUAAGUCUCGCCAGAAUUACAGUCAGUCAUUUUACUGCAAACAUAUGGGGCUGGAUCAUUUCCAUUUGACUGCUCAGCCUUCACUUCGCAGCAGCACAAGCUCAAGUGACUCACGCCGCUGCACUCAUCACAAUAUAAAUAUCAUGAUUUUCCAGCUGCCUCCAAUUGCUUUUGUUCAUUUCCAUCACUUGCAACACAAACAUCAAAAGUGGUAAUCCAUAUUCAGAUCUCCACAUUGAAAGCAGCAGCGGAUUCCGGUUCUUUGGUCAUUGGCUCGCAGAUCAUCUGCAGCCUGACAGGGCUGACCGACAAUCGCUCAAUUCGCCGCAGCAAGGCAGACGCAAAAAGUACAUAGGCAACAAUAUCUGUACCUGUUUACGCCUUAGAGAAGUCGAAGUGGCAAUCAAUCAUGGCGAAACAACACAUCGUAAGGCUUGAUGGACGCACAGGAGAAGGUGGAGGCCAGGUGGUCAGAGUUGCUGUCGCCCUUGCUGCAUUAACUGGAACACCAAUUAUGAUAGACAAUGUAAGAGGGAAUAGAGCGGGCAAAGUCCGAGGUGGUGGUCUGAAAGCUCAGCACGUUUCCUGCAUCCAAUGUCUUGCAGAUGCAACGAAUGCAGAAGUAACAGGCUGCUCCGUGGGAAGCAAGACGGUUGAGUUCAAGGCAAACUUAUCUCCAGGAGAUAUCAAAGGCCGGAAUAUCAGGGUCAAAGCAGACUCAGCAGCGAGCAUCCUCCUGGUAUUCCAAGCUACGCUACCUUUCUUCCUUUUCGCAGGAGAUGAACCUGGCUCCCCAAUAACUCUUACUAUCCAAGGCGGGAGUAAUGUCAGCUUCUCUCUCUCGUUUGAAUAUCUGGACCAAGUCCUCUUGCCCGCCUUGGAGAGGUUUGGUAUCAAAGUCGAGAGGAGGCUAGAGCAUCGCGGGUGGUCCCAUGGAACCCCUGAAAUCGGCUCGGCGAAGUUCGUGAUCAAACCAGCAUCGCUCGGAAAAACAAUACAAGAACCGAACUGGCCAACUGAGCAAGGAAAUCUCACCCGGAUUGAUGUAUCACUUCUCGUCCCAGCACACAUGCAAGAACCUCUGAAGAAUGCAUUGACUGUGGAGCUUAGUAUCGUUUUCCCCGGUAUCGACGUCAACUUCCUACUUGUGAGAGACAGCAGACAUAAGGCAAGGAUAUACACUCUAUUAGUAGCUCACACCUCCACGGGUCUACGGUUCGGGCGAGACUGGUUGUACAGCGGAAGCACCAAGAAUCCAGAUUACGAGAAGAUCACCACGGAAAUAUCUCAGAGAGUUGUGGAUGAACUUGAUGCUGAGCUGAGGAAAGGAGGCGUGGUAGAUGAGUACCUGCAGGAUCAAUUGAUUGUCUUCCAAGCACUUGCAGGAGGCAGAUCUAGUAUCCCUCACACUUCGAAGUCUCUUUCCUCGGAUGGGACAGGGGUUGAUCGUACCGACGAGCCGUUUGGUGAGGGGAGCCUGCACACCACGACUGCGAGAUGGGUGGCGAGUCAAUUGUUGCCACAAGUCAGGUGGAUCGAUGGAGGUCGGAUAUGUGAAGGAGCUGGUUGGAGAACAUCAACGCCGGAUUUAUCGAUUGAGGAGCCCGUGAAAGAUCUGAAGCUUGGUUAAAUUGCCGACUCGUUCUAUAAAGAUCCAAGCUAAAUUACAUAUUUUCUGGUGUCAUUUCACCAGGUUGUUGAUAUAAGACUAGAAUUUCUGAAUUUCUCGCAAAUUCGCAAUCGCAAGAGUCCUAUUUAUUGGGCCACUCCUCGGAAACGUAGCUUUGAUUGGAAGUCUCCCACUGGGUAGUAGUCUGGCAGACUUGCAGUUGUAUGUCUUUUGUUUGUUUUCGGAGAGGAGAGGGAGAGGUGUAUUUGACGCGAGGUGUGCGGUAGACCUGCAUUGGAUCGUAUGGUCUUAUUGGGGCUUUCGACUGUGUUUCUCCCACUAAAUUCAUUGUGUUGUCUGAACUUCCAUUUUUAUGUCGCUGAAGGAAAUCUUGGUGCCGUUUGUCAUGUCAUUCAGCUUCUGAAUCUUUCCUGGCCGGCCGUUAUUCUCCUUUUGAGUGAGAACUUUGCAGCACAAUAGAAGUGCCCAGAUUAAGCCGAGACUUCACCCGAUUCUUUGAGAGCUCUGAACCAGAAGAUAGUAUUCAGAGCAACAGUCCUCAAGAAAAUUCGACGUUUUCGAAUUUUCGCGAUAAUUUGUCGGCUGAGGGUCAGCAGGCGCGAGCGAUGGUAGACGUUUUCUUCGAAAUACCCGAAUCGAAGCUAGUGAAGUUGUUCCGCGUACGGCAGGCGGUCGCGUCUAGUUGUCCAUAUUCUCCUCAGCGUGUAGUUCUGACUGGUUGAUCGCCAAGACGACUGUUUUUGUAUAGUCAUUCGGAUCGCCGUUGGUAAUCUUAGUGAUUGGCACGCCACGAGCGCUGGAUCGUCAACACAUGAAUGAAAGCAGCUACUCCAAGCAUAAUCCCAUAAAAUGUUACCUAUAUAUAUCAACUCUGCUCUCUCUAAACGACCUCGUCGGUCAAGGGAUUCUGAGAGCCACCUCUCUCAGGAUGCUUGAAAGAACCCAGAACGAUAUCCGAAUGUAACGCAACUACCAAAGAUGAUUUUUUGGGUUCGGCACACUAUAGGCUCGAAGCUCUCAAAAUGUUGUCGAGAAAGCUGUAGGUUCUGAGGUGUUCUGAAUGUUAUUGAAGAGGCAGAUAGCUUUCUCUGGGGCCGACAACUGACAAGGCACAAUAUCUGCAAGGAGGACUUGGCCAAAAUAUUCCUUCUUUGUGACAUAUUUAUUUUAGCAAUAAAGUUUUGCGGGCGCAGUUCCGACAUUGGAUGGAAAAUGAAGCAAUACGAACAAUAAUACGAAGACAUCUCAAAAGUUUG